AUGGAGAGGAGGAGAAACGGGAGGAGGAGAAACGGGAGGAGAACGGGAGAGAAACGGGAGGAGAAACAGGAGAAACGGGAGGAGAAACAGGAGAAACGGGAGGAGAAACAGGAGAAAUGGGAGGAGAAACGGGAGGAGGAGAAACGGGAGAAACGGGAGGAGGAGGAGAAGAAACGGGAGGAGGAGGAGAAACAGGAGAAACGGGAGGAGGAGGAGAAACGGGAGAAACGGGAGGAGGAGAAACGGGAGAAACGGGAGGAGGAGGAGAAGAAACGGGAGGAGGAGGAGAAACAGGAGAAACGGGAGGAGGAGAAGAAACGGGAGGAGGAGGAGAAACAGGAGAAACGGGAGGAGGAGGAGAAACAGGAGAAGGAGGAGGAGAAACAGGAGAAACGGGAGGAGGAGGAGAAACGGGAGGAGAAACAAGAGAAACGGGAGGAGGAGAAGAAACGGGAGGAGGAGAAGAAACGGGAGGAGGAGAAGAAACGGGAGGAGGAGAAGAAACGGGAGGAGGAGGAGAAGAAACGGGAGGAGGAGGAGAAGAAACGGGAGGAGGAGAAGAAACGGGAGGAGGAGAAGAAACGGGAGGAGGAGGAGAAACGGGAGGAGGAGAAGAAACGGGAGGAGGAGGAGAAACAACGGGAGGAGGAGAAGAAACGGGAGGAGGAGAAGAAACGGGAGGAGGAGGAGAAACGGGAGGAGGAGAAGAAACGGGAACAGGAGGAGAAACAAGAGAAACGGGAGGAGGAGGAGAAACGGGAGGAGGAGAAGAAACGGGAGGAGGAGGAGAAGAAGAAACGGGAGGAGGAGAAACGGGAGGAGGAGAAACGGGAGGAGAAACGGGAGGAGAAACGGGAGGAGAAACGGGAGGAGAAACGGGAGGAGAAACGGGAGGAGAAACAGGAGGAGAAACAAGAGAAACGGGAGGAGGAGGAGAAACGGGAGGAGGAGAAGAAACGGGAGGAGGAGAAGAAACGGGAGGAGGAGGAGAAGAAGAAACGGGAGGAGGAGAAACGGGAGGAGGAGAAACAGGAGAAACGGGAGGAGGAGAAACAGGAGAAACGGGAGGAGGAGAAACAGGAGAAACGGGAGGAGGAGGAGAAACAGGAG